CGAGCGUUUGAGCUAAUCCAAAACUUUAACUAACUUUAACAUCAAAAGAGUUGUCAAGAAGCAAAACAAGGAUGCGUCCUUUGCUGCUGUUGGGAGUUUUCGUCUUUGUGUCGUUGUCUAUUUAUCAGGUUGAUUCUGCUACUACGACCACAACUGAAGAAACUACGGCCGAUGAUUCUGAUGACGAUGAUGAUGAUGAUGACGACUCUACUACCACGACCACUGCCGCAUCUUCAACGACUUGUACAAACUCCUGUCGUCGUGUUCGUAAACCAGUUUGUGCUAGGGUCGGUGGCGUUAAACGAACUUUCCUUAAUCUCUGCUACAUGAAAGCGGCUAAGCGCUGUGCACGCAUCAAGGGUAGAAAAAAUGUAGUAUUCUUGCAUCGAAAUGCAUGUAGUCGGAAAUCUGGAUAAAAUGUAGUUGUAUAUAACUUCAAGAGGCGCAAAACUAAUGUUUCUGUAAAAAUAUUUCACUUUAAAACAGAGUUUAAUAAAAAAUGCAUUCUAAGCACGCAAAUAAAAUAAUUUCAAUUCAUUUCACCAUUGUGCACGAUUGCGAUU